GUUCAUAAAAGUGAAUCAGUGUCAAUCAACAGGAUUAAAAGAUGUCGUUGAGCGACUCGGUGGAAGAAGAUGCUACGCUCGUUCGCGUGAUCGAAGAAGAGCUGUUUUUGAGCCACGCAGACAAGCACAGCAGCGGCGAUAAAUACAAUGCCAUGAGCGAUGAUCAAAAGUACCUUGUCGAGCAAAUCUUUCCCACUUUAGUACCUGGCCUUCAUGAUCUUCUAAAGUGCUACAAGAAUCGUGUAUCGGCAUCAGGGGACGUGACCGCUGAGGAUCGCAGCCAACCUGAUCCUGUGAUGUGGCUAGCGCAGUACCUGAUUCGCAACAACGCCCAUUACAAAACAUCGCGCUUGGCUGCCCAUCCCUUUCAGUUGGUAAAUGACGCAGUUUUAAACAACAAUCAAGGCGGCGUGUAG